AUGGCAUAUGACUUUUCGGAAUGUGUGGAGAGUCAUGCAUUUGAGACUUAUGAUAUGUUUUUCAAGGCCAGUGGAGAAGAGUUGAAAAAAUCACAUGCACCUGAUAUAGCAGUAAAAUACUACACUAGAAGUGACUUGUACUUCGUUGAUUCUCUAACGUUGUGUUGUGAUUAUGUUGGGGGGCAGAAAUUUAUACGAUGUGUUUGUGAGAACACAAGAGACGAUGAAGCAGAGCAUUGCAAGACAAUGAGAGCUUGUCAGACUCUUGGAAGUCUCCGUUCUUCACAUUCCAUUAGAGACGACGAAGAUUGUAAUGAAGAAUCAGGAUGUGGUGUUCCUGAGGAGGCUCAUUGUGAAGACUCUUAA